CGCGGCGUUCAACGUGUCCUCGGGACGCGCGAAGACGUUUAAGUCUUGCCGCUUAGCGAACAGCCGAGGGUGCAAAGGAUUGCCCGCUGUCGUAAAACUGCGAAUCCGCCAAGUGAUUCGUCGCGAAGUGAGAUCGACGAGGGAUCCACAGCUUUCUUCAUCGCACGGUCGUGCUAUAACAGCCGUGCGCUAUUGAUUAGCGGUGUACAAGCAACACAUUUUUUAGGCUUCACCACACCCCUUGAGGGAGUUCACUUUGAGUAUACUCUGUCCCCUACUCUGCCUGCACGCGUUGAACAAGUGUGUAAGGAAAGGAAAGGCAAAAAAAAGCGAGCGAAGAAAACGGAGGACGAGGAAGCGUCGAGGAGUCGGCGCGCAGUUAGCUCGAAUGCGAACGGACUUCCUGUCGGCCCUCCGAACUUCAACGUCACGUCGCUCGCUUCGCGCGCGAUUAAUUCAAUUAUACCCGACCAGUCGGCUUCCCUCGGCGGAGAACCGGGAGUCCUCGCGGGAUGGACCUGAACGAGGAGGACGAAAGCGGUAACGAGGGCGGCAGGCAGCUAUUUCUGGUCGGCGCGCCGCGCGACCCGCUGGUGUCCGCCGGCGCGCUCGUGGCGUCGUCGACGAGCGUCCCCGACGACGUCGGCCAGGCUGACGAUCUGCAGUCGAGCGCCCUGACCGGCCUGAUCGGCGGCGCGCAAUCCACCUCCGUCUGCUUCCCUGGGAAAUUCACGUAUGAUUUCUCGGCCAGCCCCGAGGGCGAGGAGAGACCGUCCUGCGUCAUCGGCAAAAGGAAGCAGCGUAGGUACCGCACCACAUUUUCCAAUUUCCAGCUGGAGGAGUUGGAGCGCGCCUUCCAGAAGACCCAUUACCCCGACGUGUUCUUUCGGGAGGAACUCGCAGUUCGUAUCCAAUUGACAGAAGCUAGAGUACAAGUGUGGUUCCAAAAUCGCAGAGCGAAGUGGCGCAAGCAGGAGAAGCAGUGUAAGAUCGCAACUCACAUGACCUCGUCGCACCUGCCGCCGUCGGACUGCCAGGAUAUGCAGCAGCAACACCAGUCGCAACACUCGGAUCACCUGUUACUGGAGUCACCGUGCAGCCCUAUAUACCUCGGCAUGGAGUGGGCAGGUUUCUCUCCUUACAACAACACCGACAGCGCAUCGUCCCUCAUCGUCAACAACAUGAACAAACCAACGGAGGCGGAAGCUGACAAUAAUCCACUGCUCGAUCCCGAGUUGCUACAAUUAAAGCCUCCACGUUCCUAAUAAUAUUUAAAAAAAUAUAUAUAUAGCAUAACAUAUAUUAUUUGUAAUAUGGAUAACAUUCCAUACUUUCUGAGAAGUCACUGAGAUUUACCGAGUAUAGCAAUUAAGAUAACUUGCAAUAUAAUUUUAACUGGAGAAUACAUGUGCGCUGCGCGUAGAGCAUUUGCUGCUGCUUUGUCGAACAUGUCGAAUGAAAUUUCCACGACGAAAUUAGGAUUUUAACGUUGCACGAGGAUGCAAUAUUAUUUAGAGAACGACUGUGCGAGGCCUUAUUAAAUGAUAUUAAAUGUAUAUUUAAAGCAGUGUGAGCCGUUACCUGAUAGACGGUAAUAAAUCAAUAAUAUACGAGAAUCCUUGUAGAUAAGUAUAUUAUAUAAAAGAUUAAAACAAUGAACGUUUCGGUCAUCGCAUGUGACCCUCUUCAGCAAAAUAAUAAAUAAGACAAGUGAAAAAC